AUGUCGGCUUCGUCUUCUGGAGAUAUAGGAAAAGAUAGCAAAUAUAAGGCUUAUGCCCAGGCUGUUGAUAGAGCAUUGAAGACUUUUGAGAACUCGAAUGAAUGGGCUGAUUUGAUUUCGGCGCUUGGAAAAUUAUCCAAGGUGAAUGAAUAAUCUACUAUAAUAUUUUUAUAUAAUUAUUUUGCAGGUCUUCCAAUCGAAUGCAAAAUUCGCCGCGAUUCCAAAUCGCGUAACAGUUGCAAAACGUCUUUCACAAUGUUUGCAUCCAGCACUUCCACCUGGUGUCCAUUUAAAAGCUCUCGAAACCUAUCGACAAAUCUUUGAGAUUCUCGGACCAUCAAAACUUCCCGAAGUUCUCUAUUUAUUUGCCGUUGGCUUGUUUCCUCUCAUGGAUCAUUGUCAAAUCAAAGUCAAAUCCGAACUCUUUUCAAUCUUCGAAGCAUAUUUAGUGCCCCUUGGAACAAAUCUCCGACCAGCGUUGCCUGGAUUCUUGGGAGGAGUUUUAUUAGCCCUCGAAGAAGGCACGGAGUUCUACGAUCGAAGUGUGACAUUAUUGGAUAAAGUAUGCGAGAAAGUUGGACCGCGAGCAUUUUAUGCGUGUGUUUGGCAAGCUGUUCUAGGCUCACCGCCAGUUCGACUUCCAGCAAUGAUUUAUGUGAAUGCGAAAUUUGAUCGAUCAAAAAGUUUAGAUGAUCAAAUACAUAUUGUUGGCGAUCAUGUAAAUCAUAUGAUCGCAGCUCUUUGUUCAACAGCAGAUGAUAUUGGUUCUCCACUUGUUCAACGACAUUUAUUAGACUUCCUUGUCGCUGCUUUUCCACUGGAUAGCACUUAUUUAACAAAAUCCGAUUUUGUUCAACUUCUUCGUCGAUGUUUAUUCGUCGUACUUCGCAGAGACAUGUCCCUAAAUCGCCGAUUAUAUACAUGGCUUAUAAAUCGGCCAGGCGUUUCUGGAAUCACCCUUGGAUCAGAUGCUGUUGACAUGUCAUUUUUCACUGAAAAAGUGUUGCCAAUAAUCAGCUGUGCAAUUGAUGAUUAUUUAAAUUUGGAUACAAUUGAAGUGCCGGUGAAUAAUCAAUUAUGGGGAGAAAGAAAAGAGGGAGAACAAAUACAAUUCGCUGAGGUUCGAGUUUGUCGAUUAUUAUUGUAUCUGCAAGAUCGAGCUGAUAUUGGAAAAUUAAUUCUUGACACGGUGUUCGCGAAUUUCCUCAAAAAAUCAGCUUAUUAUCACGAAUCCAAGAAAAUUGUUGAGGAAAAGCGAGAAUUUGGAGAUAGAGAAACUCUGACACUUCAAUUGAACACAAGUUCGAAUUCUGAUGGAUCUUCCGAAAGUUCUGGUGGAGAUUUAAUUAAAAAUCGAAGAAUUGACGAGCUUUCCAAAACUUUCAACAUGCUUUUGAAUUCCCUGGAAACUGGAUUUUUGUGGAAUUAUUUAGCGAAUUGGUAUGAGAAAAAGGUGGAGAAUAAAGAGGAGAUUCAUGAUAUUUCAAAAGUUGUUAGUGUUUGUUUGGAGAUGUGUAAUGUGGAAAGUGAUGCGACGAUUCGAGCAAAACAUCUGCCGAAAUUAUUAGAAUGCAUUCUUCGAGGACUUUCUAACAAGACACUUUUAUUGUCGUGUAAUCAAGAAGAUCUUCUAUCGCUUUAUUCAGUUUGUCAGAAGCUUUUGAAAAUUAUAACAUCGAAUCCACCAAGUCCAAUUGAAGGUUGGUUCUUUUUUUUUUGUUGGAAUGAAAAUAACAAAUUAACACUAAUUAACUUUUUUUAGUUGUUGAAAUGGCUGAAGAUACAUUAUCAAUGAAUCAAACAAAUGAAAUAACUGCUAUUGAGCAUGGUUAGUUUUUAUUUGAAUUUGAGUUUGACAAUAGAAUAUAUGUUUUCUAGUAGGUUUUGAUCCGGUGAUCUCAACUCCACGAUAAGUUAUGACGUGUCAAAGUUUGAACUUUAGAAAGAAAGUUUAUCAGUUUUGCAGAAAUUGUAGUGGGGUAGAAAAACACCGCGGAAAAUUCGUGAGUAAAAAUUUAUUUCUUGAGUUACGGUAACUUUUCGAUUGAAAAAAAACGUAAUUUUCAAAAAAAAUCGGCGUUCAUCUCGAAGUUGACGAAAAUAUUCGAUCGAAAAAUGAUUUUGUUGCUAAAACUUCAAUUUUAUAAAAAAAUCAAUGUUAUAUGUUGAAUGUGAUUGAUGGACAAGGAAAAUCAAUUUUAUUAAAAAAUUGAAGUUUCUAGCAGCGAAAUCAAUUUUUGAUCGAAUAUUUUCGGCAACUUUGAGAUGAAUACCGAUUUUUUGAAAAUCACGUGUUACUUUUCAAUCGAAAGUUACCGGAACUCAAGAAAUAAAUUUUUGCUAAAGAAUUUUCCCCGGUGUUUCUCUACCCCACUACAAUUUCCGCAAGAUUUUCCCAGCGGGAACUUUGAUAUACUUUCUUUGUAAGUUUCAAACUUUGCCACGUCAUAACUUAUCAGAAAGUUGAGAUCAACGUGUCGAAAACUACUAGAAACCCUAAUUUCACUAAUUUUAUUCUAAAUAAAAUCCUCCUAUAAUAAAUUUCAGAAGGAAGUCAAAUCGAUGCGUGUCUAACUCAAUGUGUUUGUGCUUUAUCAGCAAUAUUCGAAUGUUAUACCGAAGAUCGUUCACCAACUCAUCUCCCAUUAAUUGAUGCUUCAACAACACUUCUCCAUGAUUUCCUAGCUGUUCCAAUUUAUCACAUCGGAUUUGAGAAUUUUGACGAAGAACGUUUAGAAGUACCAGAAUGGCUUGAUAAUAUGCUAAAAGUGAUUGAUGGACUCGGAUGGUUGAAAGAAAUGAAAAAUGAGAAAUGUAUGGAUAUAUCAGCAAGAUCAUCAUUACUCGAAUUAUUGUGUAAAGUAUAUUCGAAAUCUGCACAAGUUCUUUCACAACAUGACGAAGCGAUUAGUCGACAAUCAAAUGAUGCAAAUGAGGAGGAUUGUAUGAUGACGGUUUUAUUGAAACCAUUAUUAACGAGGAAGGAUUUGGAAUAUUUGGAGAAGAUGAAGGUUUUCAGUGUGAGUUAAUUUACUUUUUCAUACGUAAAGCCUAUUGUUGGACAUUGACUAAACGGCAAUUUUAUGUUUUUUAGAAAGUGAAUUGAAAUAUUGGAUUUUAAUCGUAGUCAUAGGCAUAGGAUAGAAAAUAUAAAUUUUAGGAGUUUACCUUAUCGAUUUAGCGAGGAUCGACCAAAUAUUGCUAAAUCACUUAUGGAUAAGGUAAACUCUUAAAAUUUGUAUCAUUCGAAUUGUCUUAGACCUGUCUAUUUAACUUAGGAAUGCGAUUAAAAUCGAAUAUCUCAACUCACUUGCUGAAAAAACAUGAAAAGGUCAUUUAGACGAUGUCCAAAUAUAGGCCUAGCUGAAAAAUUCUGAAAAAACUGACUCUUUUUUCAGACGUGCGCAGAAGCUGUUUGGAUUGGAGUUGGAAGUAAGAAAUGUUGUAAAGAACAACAAAGAUUAUCGGAAUUAUUGAUUGAAUUGCAUUCGAGGAAACAAAAUGAGCCGAGUAGUGAUGUUGAGAAUAUUAUUGUGAAAGCUUUGACUUCAAAUGAUGAUGUGGGUUUUUUUGUAAAAUUUUCAAAAAAAAUAAAUUGGCCGAAAAUUGUCCAAAAAUCCCAUCAAAAUCCGCUGAAAAUUUGGUUUUAAAAAUUGGCAAAAACAAAAAAAAAUGGCUUUUUGUCGAAAUUUGGCCAUUUUUAGCCAAUUUCUGAUCAAUUCACAGUAUCAGCCAACGUUUGCUGAAAAUUUGGUUUAAAAAAUUGUCCAAAACAAUUUUUUGGCUGUGAAAAUCGCAUUUUUGACCAGAAACAGUCGAAAUUCGGCCAUUUUCAGCCAAUUUUUGCUGAAAAUUUGGUUUUAAAAAUUGUCAAAACAAUUUUUACCAUAAAAAUCCGCUGAAAAUCAAUGAAAACAACAACAAAAAAAAUUUUUUUUAGCUGUAAAAUUUUCAAAAAAUAAAUCCGAAUCGCAUUCUUUUUAUCGAAAUUCGGCUGAAAAUUUGGUUUAAAAAAUAGUCCAAAACAAUUUUCGACAAAAAAAACGAGUGAAAUUUUGAUUUUUUUUUUGCUAAAAAUUUGGUCAGAAAUUGGCUGAAAAUUGUCCAAAAAUCCCAGAAAUUUUGAUUUUUUUUUUUGAGAAUUUAUCAUCAAAAUCCUGAUCCCCACUAUUUUUCCAGUAUAUUUGCACUGAAGCUGCCAAAACAUUCCACCGAGUCUGGGUUUUGACACGAAAUCAACUCGAAGAAUCGCCCCGCCCAACCUAUCGAAAACCAUUCAACCGCGCUGUUAUGAUUCUUCUCGGCGUUUUGGCUGAUGAAAGUGUUUCGCGAACUCGAACCGAAUUGAAAGCCGCCUCAGCUGCAUGGUUUGCUGAUUGUGCAAAACAUAAUGAUCUACCGAGAAUUGUGCAAAUGUUAUCGACAAUGUUGAUGAAUCCGGUGACGGCGAGAAUUUCGAUUCAAUAUUUGAGACAGGAGGCGAAAUUGACACCUGAGACUUGUUCUUCGCUACCAGCGGAUAUGUCGGCUGUGACACUUUUGACAACUGAUGGAAAACAGAGAUUGUAUCAUUUGAAUGGUCCAAGUUGUAUGGAAAGGUUGGUUUUUUUUUUUUUGUUUGAUAUGAGCAAUUCUGCAAAAAUGCUAAAAGUUUAGUAUUGCUCAUAUUAAAAUUUCAAAAAUAAAUGUUUAUACUGAGCAAUAUACUCUGAGAAAAUCAAAAUUUGGUUUUUCCAGCUCCAGAAAUUUUUGAAAUACUUAUUAACCUGAGCAAUCUCACAUUUUCGUACGAAAAAAUAUAAAUUUUCCUGGCCUUUUUCGAAUUUACAACUGAUUUUUUUUGUUUAAUAUGAGCAAUGCUGUAAAAAUUUGAAAAGUUUUGCUCAUAUUAAAAAAUUCAAAAUAAAACGUUUAACCUGAGCAAUACUCCAAUUUUUAAGAAAAUUCAUUGAGAAUUGAAUUUUUUUGUAAAAAAAACAAUAAAUUUUCCGACUUCAGUUUCCCCGAAAAUGAAGAAAUAGAAAUUUUCCUGAAAAAACCCUUCAGAUUAAAGACGCAUGCUGGAAUAGGAUAGAAUUUGCAGAUCAAACUCGAUUUCUGAGAAAAAUUUGGAACGAGUUAGAUACGCAGGUUGUUCGUUGUGUGUUCCUUUAAUCUGGAAAUCCUCUUUUUUGUUGAGUUAAAAUUUUGAAUAUAUUUUAGUUCCUCAUGGAUUACCGAUGUUCGCAAUCGUCUUCUUCUCUCUUCAUCUGAUGAUAUUCAAUCGACUGAUAAUCAAAGACAUGUUAGUCCAAUUCCAGUUGUUGAUAUGCCAAAUUUCGAUGAUGAUACGGUAAUUUUUCUCUUUUCUCAAAAAUAUGUUAUUCACCACCAAAAUUCCAGGAUUCUGUUGAUACAAUGUCUUUGAAUCCCGAAUCAAUUGAUGCUGCAGUUUAUGAAACUCUUCAAUCAAUGAUUGAUCAGAUUUGUGAAGAUGAAGAAUCAGAAAACGAGGUGAAACGGUUGAAUGAAGUGAUUGCAAAUACAAAUAUUGAGCCAACCGGAACAACUUUCACCUUGGAAGAUGUACCCGGACCAGUUCAGCGGGUCAAAAAAGGACAUCGAAGACAAGAUUCACUUCAGGAGAGUAUUUUCAAUAUGACGGAUAAGGAUUUGAGUGCUUUUGAGACAUCCGAAAUUCUUCGACCAUCAGUGGAUUCGGUGAAAAAUGGAGGUGGAACUGUCUCAUCAACAUCUUCAACAAAUGGAUCAUCUGGUCCGUUAUUCGAAGAAUUGCAUAUUCAUAUGUUAUUGUAUGGUGAAAGUGGAAAAGUUGUUGAUUUGGCCAGAGCUGAAACAGCUUUUCGUAUUUUGUCGGCACUUUUGGCGCCAAGAGGAGCAUCGAAUCGAUUGUUGUUGAGUUGUUUGGUUUCGUCGGGAACUGUUGCAAAUACAAGUGCUUCGCCUGAAGAAGCAUCUUUGGUUGAAUUGAUGACACGACAUGUUCGAGCGAUUUUGGGACAGCAUUUUUGGUCGCCACCAAGUCCGGAAGAUGAUAUGAAACAUAAACAUAUUACACUUCUUGAAUUAUUGAUUACUGUAGGUUUUUUUAGUGGUUUUCGCACCCUAAAAUUGCAGAACUCAAGUUCUAACAUGAGUUAUGACGUGGCAAAAUUUAAUUUUUAAAAUUCGGGAUUUUAGAAAAGUCGAUCUCAUGAAAAUUAUUUUGAAAACUAGGAUUUUUCAAGUUCCAGAACUUUCCGGUAAUUUUUGAUGGAGAAAAUAUAGGAACAAAUAGAGAAAUUCGAAUUUUUGCUGAAAAUUAGAAUUGAAACGUACAAUUCCUGGGCGGGAAAUUUGGAAUUUCUGAAUUUUUCUUUUGAAAAUUUUUAUUGAUUUUUAGGCGAUUCAAAAGAACAAAGAACAAUUCUGAUUGUCAAAACUCCCAUAUAUUUUUCCGGAAAUUUUCUGAUUUUUGGUGAAAUUUUUGAAAAUGAGGAGUUUUAGAGAAUGUAAUUUUUGAUGAAAAAAAAAUUAUCAAAAAUUUGAAACGUAGAGUUUCGGAGAGGGAAAAAGGAAGUGAAAACUUGGUUCAAAAAUGAUUUUUAUGCUAAUUUGACACGAAAAUCAUUUUGUAGCUAGUUUUCAGCUCCGAACUUUAAAAGAUUUGAGUUCUGCAAUUUCAGACAACGGAAUAGUGAUCAGAGGGUCGAAAACUAUUGGAAAACUUUUAUUGAAAAUUCCCAAAUUGAUAUUUUUCAGAUAUCUCUACAUUAUCUUCGUUCAUAUUUUCUAAAUUCUCCAAUUUCACCAGUCUCCGAAGCUGAUCUUGCAUCCCUCUGGAAAUGUAAAAUCUCGGCUCUCGAAUUUUUGAGUGAACUAAUUCGCGAAUUAUCCGCAAUGGUAAAUGAACAAGAAUCGAAACAAUUUGUGAUAUUUGUUCAAUCGAUUUUAACACGAUCAAAACUUCAAAAAUGCCUUCUUCAUCUGCUUCUAACCGCUGUUGAUCAUGAGCCAAAUAAAGGAUCGAAAGCAGCUGGAGCUGGAGGAUCGUUGAGUAUUUCGAUCAGCGAAUUCAAUGAGGGUUUGAUUGGGAAGAAUGGUUCGAGAUUGUCGCCGUUGCUUUCGGCUUAUCAUCGAAGUCUUCUUUCAUUGACUGCGUAUGCUAUUCGACUUGAAUCGGAUAUUAAAAAUGGAUUUGCGGUUUUUAAUGAUGUGAGAUUUUUUUUGAAUCAAAAUUUGGUUGGGAUUCACAAUACCACGAUUAGAAAUUUUUGAUUCAAAAAUUUGGGCCCCAGAAAUCUUCUGAAAAAAUUUCUUUCAAAUUUGGCUUGUGGAUAAAAUUUCAUCCUGAAAAUUCAGGUUCUGAAUUUGGUACGCUUGCGUUUAAAUUCAGAACCUGAAACUUAAGAGCGGAAUUUCAUUCACUUGAAAUUUACGAAAAUUUGAAAUUUUGUAAAUUUUCGCUCUAAAAAAUGGCCCGUGCAUAAAAUUUGUUCAAGUUUUGAAUUUGGUAUAAUCUUAUUCAGAAUCUGAAAUUCCAGCCAAUUUUCAGAGCGAAAUGUAUCAAAAAUAACGAUUUUCAGGCGAUUUCAGGUUGAAAUUUUUCAGUGGCAGAUUUCUGAGCGUGAAAUGUUUCUGGCGAAUUUUUUAAAACCAAAUUUUGAUCAAAAAGUGGCCAAAUUUUCUUUGGUUUUAAAAAUUGUACAGAAACAUCAAUUUUUGAAACCGAAUUAUUUCAGAUCACAUCCGGCCGUUUAUCACUUCUCAAUCAAAAUCUCUACAAUCAAUCAUUUAGCCGCGCAUCAACUCGAGAACCCCACGCAAGCCUCGUUGAACUUCGAGCAUUUCUACUGAUUCUCCUCGGAGCUCUCAAAAAACAACCGCAAAGACACGAAAUGUGGCUGCAGUUUGUGAUUCAGAUUUUGCCGUGGAUGGAAAGGUAGGCUUGGGAAACUUCCUGGAUCAAAUAAAAAAAAUUUCAGAUCUCUUGCCACAAUUGUUUGUCGAGUUGUCGAGCAACUUUGUAAAAAUAUGGAAAUGGCAAUUAAUGUGGCUUUUGAAUCGCCGAAUACUUGUGAUGUUUCGACAAAUUCGCCGAAUGAGAAUCAAGAAGAUCCGGAAUCUUAUCCGGCGAAUUAUUUGGCUAUGGUUAGGUUUUUCUAUUAGCGAAGUUGAAAAAUGCGGCAACCGUAAAAAAAUCAGUGCGGAAUUGUAUGAAUGAAAAAAACAUUAUUUCUUCAGUCGCGUGCGGCUGUGCGUCGCGGUCGGGAAACAAUCAAUAAUUGAUUUUCACCUUUGUUUCCCGGCCGCAACGUAGAGCCGCACGCGACUGAAGAAGUAAUGUUUUUUAAAUUCAUUCAAUUCUGCACUGGUUUAUUUUUUACGGAAGCCAUAUUUUUUGAAUAAUUAGAAAGAUUGAGAAAUCUUCUAUGCAAACCAGAGUUUUUUUUUCUGAAAAAUCAUCAAUUUUCAGACUCUCGAAUCGCUCACAACAUUGGUUCACUUCUGUGUAAUCGAUAAUGUGACAGCAGCCACAACUUCCAAUCUGAGCAAUGUUGUUACAACUCCAGUUAGCACAUCAACAUCUAGUAUGGUUGGACAUGUAAGCUUUUCUUUUUUUUCUUCAAAUAAAAAACUCAAAAAUCAAACAUUCCAGGCGAUGUCCGUGAUUCCGGGAUCAAAAGUGGCGACUGAACUAUUCUCACAACUUGGAAAAGUUUUUUCGAUGAGUGGGGAUAAUGUGAGCAUGGUUUUUUUUUUCAACGUUUUUCAUAUAACCCGAUAUUUUUAGACUGUUGGAAUCACGAAAUUGGAUAAUUCUCGACAACAUGGAAAUGGAUGGAGACAGGCGCAAUCUGAUAUGCUUAGCUCGCUUCCGCACUCAUUGGCGACUGUUUGUAAUGUUUGGUCGCUUGUCAAAACGCAACAAACACCCAUUUUACCGAUUGGAACGACUACGGUACGAUUUUUUGCGAGUUCCUUAAAUUAUACCGGAAAGAUGAAACUCGGAAAACGAAAAAUUUCCGGAUUUUUUUAACUAGAAAAUUCAGAAAAUUAAAACAUCUUAUAUUUUUGAAUUUCAUCGUUUUACAAUUAAGAAAAUUGAGUGAUUCUCAAGAUAUUACAAUUAAAAAUCACAUUCCGGAUUUUCCGACCACACUUUCCGGAAAUUUUCCGGCACAGGGCUGUUCCUCAUUUUUUUUAAAUCUCAUCCCCCGAAUAUUUUAGCAACUUCGUCGACUUGUUCUUCAACUCUUAUCCCCAAUCGCUCAAAAUCAUGAACAUGCCUUUUUAUCAUCAUUGGCUUUAGUUUGGCUAACUCGAUCGAAUGUCAAACCAAGUGCAUUACGAAAAUAUGAUCCAGACAAGGCGACUUUCGAAUAUUCGCCAGCUCAACUCGAUAUAUCAAAUCUUCUCCUGAGUUUGAAAGUGAUUCCGAUUGAAGAAUUGAUCUCAUCAGUUAAUUCGACACUUCGAGAAGCGCUUUUCAAAGCGAACAAAGUUGGAAUAACGAUUGAUAAGGCGAAUUUUCCCACAGAAGAGCCGCUUUUGGAAUUGGUGCAUUCUUGUAUUUCGGCUGUUCCUCAAAAUCAACUUCGAAUGUGUUGGACAAGUCUUCUUUGUUUAUUCUCAGAAGCUCCGCUCUCUUCAUUAAGUCCACGAGCUGUAUUCCUUUUAUUUGUGUGAGUAUGGAUUUUCAAGCAGGGGGGGGAUUCAAUUUGAAAAAAAAAAUUUCGAUUCGGCAAAUGUCAAAAAACUAUAUUUUUUCCUAUUUUUCGACAUUUUUUUUAAUUUUUGUGUGGAAAAAUGUCGAAAAAUAGGAAAAAAUAUAGUUUUUUGACAUUUCAUAAAUAAAAAGUAUGCAUCUGAUUGGACUACAGAAAGAAGAAUUGCAGUCUGCAAUUUGCAGAAAAAUUUGAACAAUUUUGAAACGUAAAAUUUCCUUUUUGUUACACAUUAUUUUUUUUGAUGUUACAUCAAUGAUAAUUUUUGUCUCAAAAAAAACUGAAAAACAAGCUGCCUUUUUGAAUACAAAUAGAAUGAAUUCUGUUGUUUAUGGGGCUAUUCAAGGAAAAAAAAUCAUGUUUUCUGAGCGUUAAGAAAACGGGAGAAAAACGAAGAAAACCUAUUCAGGUCGGUUAAGAAAACAUAAAAAUCAAACACGUUCAACACACAAAUUGCGACGAGACCCAACGAAAAACAACAUGUUCCUUUGACCUUUUGCAUUACUGUAUAUUGGUCCCGUUGCGAAAUUCUACAGUAUCUUAAAGGGGGAUGUUGUUUUUCGUUGGGUCUCGUCGCAAUUCGUGUGUUGAAGGUCUUUUAUUUUUAUGUUUUCUUAACCGACUUGAAUAGGUUUUCUUCGAUUUUCUCCCGUUUUCUAAACGUUGAGAAAACAUAAUUUUUUUCCUUGAAUAGCCACAUGAAUCGAAUUUUUUUGUAUUUAAAAAAAAUAUUUUUAUUAUUUUUUUUUUCGCAGAAUAUUGAGUGAUUUCGUAAAAGCAGUCGGUGGCCCAUAUAUCGUCGAAGAUAAAACAAUGUAUCGAAAUGUUCAAGAUGUUUGCUCAAAAUUGGCUGAAAGUGUCAACUCAAUUGUUGGCUGGCAAUUGGAAACAACAACGUGGCUCAAAAGAACUUUGGUUGUGAAACAGGAUCAUGCAUCAACUUGUAAUUCAGAUUUGUUUUUUUAUUUCGAAAAAUAAGUUAUUUUUUCAGUAACAAUUCGAUCUGUUGAUCAAAGUCCGAUUGUUGAAAAUGUCGCUUGUAACGUGUCAAUUACAUCGAAUCAAUCAGUUUCUGCUGAACUGCAAAAUCAACAAAAUCAAUUGCAAUCGAAUCGAAAUUCUACACUAUCUUUGAUGAAGUGAGUGUUGGAAAAUUUUUAUUAAAAAGAUUUCCGAAAUGUUAGAAACUCACGUGGAAAAUCACAAUUUUGUUCUUUGAGAGUUGGCUCACAAAGCUUUUUUAGUUGGAAAAUUAUAAUUUUGAACAAACUUCUGAAAUAUGAUGAAAAUUGGAGUUUCUGUUGAAUUUUGACGCUAACAUGAGCAAUAAUGCUACAAAGCUGAAUUAUUGCUCAUGUUAGCCUCAAAAUUCAACAAUUCUCAACAAAAACUCCAAUUUUUAAUCAAAAUUCAGAAGUUAAGGCUUAAAAUGACCGAAAUUUUCAGAUAAAUCCAAAUUUCGGGAUAAAAUUGACCUGAAAUCAAAUUUUCUGAACAAAAAAGGUUCCACGAUUUUCACUAUUUCAAAAUUACAUAAUUUCAAAUUAUAAUUUUCCAACUAAAAAAGCUUUGUGAGCCAGAAAACUGCAAUUUUUCGGUCGACAAUUUUUAAAGUGAUUUUUCACUAAAAAAAAUCCGAAUUUCGGCAUAAAAUUGGCCAGAAAUCAAAUUUUCAGAACAAAAAAGGUAUCACGAUUUUUAUUGUUUCAAAAUUGUAAUUUUAAUUUUUUUUUUGAAUCUCUAAAAAGCUAGGAAAAUCCUAUGAGCUGUAAAGUUUCUGGUACAAUUUUUUAUCGAAUAAAAAAUUCCAUUUUUUCUCAAAAAUUCAUUAUUUUUGCAGACCCUCUUCCCUUGAUACGAUCUCAACUUCUUCCACAUUAACCACAUCACAACAAGACAAAAAAUCGGCGUCAAAUUUGCGAGCAUCGAUAAAAGACACAAAUAACAACAAACGAGAUCCAGCUCAUAGUACACAAGCUCUUUUCUUGUUAUCCGAAAGAUUGACCGAUUUACUAGACUCGGUUAGUAAAAGCGACGAGAAAGACAAAGUUUUGCCGAUUUUGAAUGCGGUUUGGGCAAAUGUUGUGCCGUAUUUGAAAGCGAAAAAGUGAGUUGAUUUUUUAAGAAAAAUAAUAAUUUAAAUCUGGAUUUUCAGCGCUAGAAAUGCUCGAUUUUUCCUCGCAUCAUCUCAAUUAUUGGCAAGUAUGAGCUCUUAUAGUUAUAUGAGACCUGUUUGGAAAAAGACAACACUUGAUCUACUUCUUGAUUCAUGUAAGCCAUUAUACUUCGCUCAAAUUUUAGAUUUUGAAAUUUUCCAGCAUUUUUCAAAAUGGAUCAUCAAGCUUUGAAACAGUGGCUUAUUGUGACUGAUCAUUUGAUGACACAUGAUAGAACAUCGUUCAAGGAGCUUUUGAGUGGGUUUUCUGGGGGAAUUUAACAGGCAUGUGCCGGGAAUUUUCCGGAAAAUGCGCUCGGAAAAUGAUCUUUGGUAGUAAUAUUUAUUGCCUAAAUUUUGGGAAAUUUUCUCAGUUUAUGAUAGAAAAAAUGAAAUUUUUAGAUUUUUUGAACGUAAAACGUCUCAAAUAGUUGGAUAAAAAUAAGGUUUAGUGCCAACUUUAGGCUGAAAAUCGAAUUUUCAGAACUUGAAAAAAUUUCCGGUUCAAAAAAUCCGGAAAUUUUCCGGCACAGGCCUGGAAUUUAUGGUUUCUAGUGGUUUUCGACCAGCUGAUCAAGAUUCCGCCGUUUAAAAUUGCAAAACUCAACUCCUAAUAUGAGUUAUGACGUGGCGAGCUAAGUAGCUUCAAAAAUGAUCGCGAAUCUAAUAGAAUAGGAUUGUUCAGCGAUGACACACAUCAUACAUGGCACUUCUCCUAAAACUGUGAGGGGGAGAUCAUGACAUUUGGAAAAAAUUUUAGAGGGGGGAUCAUUUUGGAAAUUUUGAAUUCACGCCCGAAUCAAAAUUUUGAUUUGGGCGGGAAAGAAUUAUUGAAAAAAAAAUUUUUUUUUGGAAAUUUUUUUUCAAAAAUUUUACGCCCGCAUCAAAAAACUCCCCCUCCCCUUUCUUGGAUAUUUUUCAUUUGUUCACCAUUUAUCUUUUGGAAAUUUUUAACAAAAACAAUUGAGGGGGAUCAUGAAAUUUCAAAAUUUUGGGUUGGGGGGGAGAUCAUUACAUGCGGGGUCUGCUAGGCGAAGAUGCCAUGUAUGACACACAGGCUGGAUACUUGCCAAAAGUUUCAAAAAAAUUGUCCGAAACCUACAAUUUUCGGACCGGUGUUUAACUCGAAAACUGGUUCUGACCUUUCUGUUUCUGAGCAAAAACUGUUCUGUUUCUCAGCAAAAACUGUGUUUUCUGUUUCUGAGCAAAAACCGGUCCAAAACUUGUAGCUUUGGACAGUUUUUUUUAAACUUUUGGCAAGUUGUUAUCGAUCUUCCUGAACCACGCUAUGAUAUUAGAUUUGCAAUCAUUUUUGAAUCUAGUUAGCUCGCCACGUCACAACUCAUAUUAGGAGUGCAAUUUUAGACAUCAAAACUAUUUUGAAAUAAAAAUUAAAAAAAAAUCAAAUUUUUACAGAAAGUAUAUCAUAUUCUCCAAACACAUCAUUCAGUAUAAUGUCUUCGAAAGAACAAGAAUACGAAGCGAGAGCACAGUCUUUGAAAAGAUUAACAUUUGUUGUAUUUGGUUCACAAAUUGAUCAAUAUGAUGGACAUAUGAAAGAUAUACAAGAAAGAUUAUCGGAUAAUUUGCGAGUUUCACAAAGUCCUGUCAUUCGAACUGCUGUUUUCCUAUGUAUUCGAGUUUUAUUGAUUCGUUUGCGACCACAAAGUUUGAUUGGAGUUUGGCCGAUAAUGGUGACUGAAUUGGUUUACGCGUUAUCCCAACUCGAACAACAACUCGGAGGCGGAAGUGAAGAAAUAUCGAGUUCGAAAGAUGAUCAAUGGAUGCAAUUAUAUUUGGCGGCUUGUAAAAUGCUUGAAACGCUUUGUACUUUGCCAGCUGGAUAUUUAUCACAUUUUCAAAUGUUUCAUUGGGCAUUUGUUACUUGUGUAUCAAAUGAUAAAAGUGAUUUGUUCAAACCGUUUGCGGAACGAAUUAAUGAGUUAUUGAUUAAGAAGGUUUGUAUUAGGGCUGAUUCACGAAAGAAAAAUAAUGUUUAAAAAUUUUUUUUAACAUUGAAAGAUCAAUUCACGAAAAGUCGAAAAAACAUUGUAGGUCAAAAUUAGUUUUUCAGCCAAAAAUGAUGACAAAUCGAGAUUUUUGAAGCUUCUGGAGUAAUUUAUGAUGAAAAUCGACCUUGGAAUUCACUUUCCAGAAAGUUUUGCUGAUUUUUCGUGAAAUAAAAAAAUAUUUAAAUUUUGAUGAAUUUCGAAAAAUCAGCAAAAACUUCUGAAAAGUGACUUCCAAGGUCAAUUUUAAUCAGAAAUUACUCCAGAAGCUUAAAAAAUAGCGAUUUGUCAUCAUUUUUUCUGAAAAAUUCGAAAAACUAAUUUUGACCUACAAUGUUUUUUCGACAUUUUUUGGCUUUUCGUUAAUUGAUCUUUCAAUGUUAAAAAAAUAUUUUAAAACAUUUUUUUCGUUCGUUAAUCAGCCCUAUUUAAAAAUGUGAUUAUUUAUUUUCAUCUUUUUCAUUAUUUUUUUUAUAGUAUGGUGAAUUGAAUUCUGGAACAAUGAAUGGACAAACAGCCUCCCUGGGAAGUAUCAAACUUUUAACAUCUUUCGAAGAACUUCGCCCAUUCUUCUACACAUUGGCGAAUUUGAAUAAAUCGCUGCCUGGCGGAUCAACGAACAUUUUACGAGAUUCAAACGCGCUCACUGGUACUAUGACAUACAAAAAUGCUGUCUCUCGACUCGAGAAUUCUCUUUAUGUCGAUUUUUCGGAACAUUUGCAACUUUAA